CUGAGGAGGUCAGGUAAAGUCUGCAGCGCAACGGAGGAACCGGAGACUCUUCUCUGAACCCGUUGUCCGCGAUGGCCGAGUCCCAGGUGGUGUGUCUGGACGAAGACCACGUCAACGAGAAGGUCCCGGAGACCAGACCCGAGUUCUACUACAGCGAGGAGCAGCGCGCGGCCAUCGAGCAGCUCGUGAGGAACGGGGACGGCGCGUUCAAGAUGCGCCUGAAGGAGGACAACGUGAAGGACUUCUUAUCCGCGCAGGAGGUCCAGAGUCUCAGGAACACCUUCGACGCGUACACCUCGGACAGCGACUCGGAGUCGGAGGGCGAGAAGUCCAAGGCGUCGAGCGCCGACUCGGGGGUGCACUCCACCUACUGGCCCGAGAUGUCGGACACGGAGAUCCCCCCGCUGGACGCGGGCUGGGUCCCGGGGAACGGGGUGUACCGGGGGGCCUCCCGGGUGGUGAUGUACUCCCACCCGCCUAAGGAGAACGGGCCGCACAUCAAGCAGGUGGUCCGGAAGCUUAUCCAGGAGUCCCACAAGGUGGUUGCCAUAGUGAUGGACCGUCUGACAGACCUGCAGAUCCUGCAGGACCUGCUGGACGCUCUGUCCCGGCGGGGGGUGGCGGUCUACGCCGUUCUGGAGGCCGCCGGCGUGCCCCACUUCCUGGACAUGUGCGGCCGCCUGCAGAUCAACGCUGCGCAGAUACGGAACCUCCGUGUGCGGUCGGUGAAGGGGGCGGGGCUUGCCCUCUCCGUCGGUAAGCUCCCGGGGUCUCUGAGCUCCAAGUACAUGCUGGUGGACGGCGAGAAGGUCAUGUUCGGCUCCUACAGCUUCACCUGGAGCUCCUCGCGGCUGGACCGCAACACCAUCACCGUGAUGACGGGCCACGUGGUCGACUUCUUCGACAACGACUUCCGGGAGAUGUACGCGGCGUCCGAGGAGGUGGACCUCUUCAAGGAGUUCAGCAUCACGCGGCCGCCCGCCACGCCGCUGCUGAAGCCCGUGGUCAAGGCCAAAGCCCCGGCCCUCAGCGUCUCCAUCUCCCGCUUCCAGGUGUCCCUGAAGGAGCAGAGCCAGAACAACGUCAAGGUGCCCGCGCACAAGUACCACAACCCCAAGUACUCCCUGGUGGUGGGCAACAGCCUGAGCCGCACCUGCUCUCUGCAGGACGUCUCCUCGCCCCCCAGCCCCCCGCCCGUCUCCGCCCAGAAUGGCUUCCUCAACAAGCUCCGGCACGCCAUCGGGGACAGCACCGAGAAGGUCAACGGGGGGCCCCCCCAGCUGAGCCCCCCCGCCCCCAAACCGCCCUCGCCGCCGCGGCCCGGGAGCGAGGAGGAAGGGGACGGGAAGGGAGGCUCCAAGAAGACUCUGGCGCCCGGGGCCAAGAAACCGCUGCACUCCUUCCGGGGCUUCCUGAAGGGCCGGGGGAUCAACCAGAUCUCAGAGGACCUCGACGAGGGCGUGGUCACGCCGCCGCCGACGCCGACGCCCUCCCCCGCCCCGGCCCCCGUCAGCCGGAGCCCGGCGGCGGCCAGCCCGGCGGCGGCCAGCCCGGCGGCCCGCCCUAGCGCCGUCGCCAGGGAGACGGAGGACUCGUUCGACCCCCUGGAGAAGCCCCCCGUGGUGAAGAUCAAGAGCAAGAAGCCGUCCAAGCUGCCCCAGAGGAGCAUGUCCCUGAUGACCCUCAACACGGCGGAGGACGACCCCGACGGCUACAAAGGCCGGAAGCGAUCCCAGAAGAAGAAUUGCAUUCAAUCCUGAGGAUGCAAUGAGCCCGUAUAGGAGUGCUUGAUCUGCAGUGCGGAUAAAGUGUAGGGCCGUCUUAGGGCUGCCAUCGAGGUCCCCCCUGUACUCUGGAGGAGCUGGGUCCCAUGUCUCAAUUGAACAACCUGUGCAGUGUGUGUGGAGGAUGUUUCAGCAGCCUCACCUGGCCCGAGUCAGUCUGAUUGGCCUCUGGGGCUGAGUGAGGCUGCACACCUGGUGUGCUUUGAGCAAUCGUCCUCCACACGCCCUCCACAUCAACAUGCAUGUUUAGUCCCCGGCCCGGCAGUAAUCAGCCAUGCUGUUGGAUCGGACCACAUGGUGUUGCUUGGUUUGGCCGAUGUUACCCACAAGUCCCUGGCUUUGAAUCCUUGUUUCCUUGACUGAUGCCCUACCCCACUACCCCUUAGUCCUAGUCUGCAUCAGAAUACUCAUACUUGACUGCUAUGUAGUAGGCAUUGUGUAGUACGUCACAAAUAUAGCGCGUCCGAAUGCCUCAGUACGCAUUGUGCAGUAGGCGAAAAAGUUUCCGAAUGAGUACUACCACCACAGUAUACAACGGUAGGUCACUACGCUAUCCCACAAUUCAGCCAGAGUCCGGUACCCGAAGAAGAAGUUAUCGCAGGUGACUUUAAUUUUGCCGGCAUCUGAUGUGCAGCGCACAGAGGGGAAAUAGGUCAUCUCCAAACAUCCAGAGGCGUUUCGGUGGUGUUUGGAAGCGUUUGAGACGGUUCUACGCAUAGCUGUAGAAACGUACUACAUUAAUGGUCAAGUAGUAGACACUGCACAGAAAUAGUAUAUACUUAGUAUUCGGAUGCACCCCUAGCCUCGUGAAUCCAGCCCGGUCUGAGUUCAUGUUAUGUUUCACAUCUGUCUGGCCUCAGGCCUGUUCAUAAAUCAAUGACAGGACAAUCAACACUCAAGGGCUGGAGCCUCAAUUUAGGAGGAAUUUUGUUUAUUACAAGAGCGGCACGCUGAUUGGCGGGAUGGUUUUUUAAACCACGUAUGGGCAUGAAAUCGAUUUCUGCCAGGUGUCUCCCACUCAGAACUUCUUUCUCUGGAUCGUCCCUCAAGACUUCCCCAACUCAGAGGCUCCCUGGUACUCAACGGUGCAGCCAGUGCCAAACAGACCUAUUGAAGAACAGACCUAUUAAAGAACAGUCCUAUUAAAGAACAGUCCUACCAGAGAACACUCCUAUUAAAGAUCAUUUCAUGAGCUGCUGAAGGACAGCAGGUCACAGAUAACCCUUUCAGACUGACACCGCCGCUCCAGGUUAUGAUGCAAUAUAUUUUUUUUUUAAUAGACGUGCUAUAGUUUUGUAUAAUUGAUCCGGAUUGGUUGCCUAGGUGUUGCCCUGGUUGGCAACUGGCAUUCCGGCUGUGCGGGCUCUCUCGGUUACCAUGGCGAUACGAAAAGUGUUCAAACAGGAGUGUCGGUUUCUGGAUGAGUGUGGAGAACGGAGACUUCCAGAAGCAGAUGUCUCAGUGUGUAGAACGGAGACUUCCAGAAGCAGAUGUCUUCGAGAGGAGGCGGCGACUCUAUCGCCACAUUGCCAGGUUUUCUACACUUUUUGCCUUGCAGUUUGUAUGUUCUUCUUUAGAAGAGAGACUUGAGAAUUACUAAGGAAUUAUAAUGUGAAGCCUCAGGACAACUUGAAAUACCAGUGACAUGUAAAGUGGUGUAAAUGUUUGCAAUUAAAGGCUAUUUCGCAACCGCUGACAGUCUUUAAAAUAUGCAGGAUACACACACACACACACACGCAUGCACACACAUACAUAUACAUGCAUGCACACAUACAUGCACAGCCGGAAAUGUGAACAGGAAGAGAGCAUGCACUGCGGUGCUCUACAGGUGCAUUGUCAACAGAUAUGUGGAUCUCAGAAUACAUCACUCCUCUUCACCUUUGAAGCAUAGUCCCACAGAGAUUGUUUGGAUAGGAGCAGGUUAAAAAUCUAUGGCUGUUAAUCAGGUGAUUAAUACCUUGAUGCAAUUAGCAAUGACAUUGGUAAUCAAUGUCCGUUCAAUUUCUCCGGUUCCUGUUCGUUUGUUCCCGACGAGCGCCUCGAGGUCUGCUGUUUUUAACUCGAGAACAAAGUGACUCACUAAUGCCACCUGUUGGCAAAAAGAUACCAGGUUUUGCUUUUAAUUUAAAUCUUUAUUAUAAAAAAAAUAGAAAAAGGUCCAUGUUAAUCUGCGUGUCAAUAAAUACGAUGUAAUAACACAAAUAAUUGUGCAAGAUGUUUGCAUAUCUUUGUACAAAUGCUGUUGUAAUAACUUGCUAUUGCAAUUUGAAA